UAUUAAUAAUGUGUAACAGCCAUGGGAUGGCCUACGCGUGCGUGACAUUUAAACGCAGCAUUGCGUUUUACGCAUACGCAUAUAAACAAUUGUGUAACAAAACAUGGCUGCCGCGUUGAGGAAUCUCGCAAAGCCAUGCAGACAGAUCACUCGGUCAUGGGGUCAAUGCCAGGCUUCAUGGGGGAGCCGAUACACCCAAUCUGCUCCGGAUCCAGUGCAGGCAGCCGGGGUGGUUUCCUUCCCUCCCCUGCAGUCCUACUCAGAGGAGGAGAGCAUGAUGAGGGAAUCGGUUAGAAAGUAUGCACAGGAACGAAUUGCUCCCUUUGUGGCGAAGAUGGAUGAGGAAUCUUUGAUGGAUGGAGAAGUGAUCAAGUCUCUUUUUGAACAGGGUCUCAUGGGCAUCGAGAUCGACCCAGAAUACGGCGGCACUGGCUCCACAUUCUUCUCAUCCAUUUUGGUCAUCGAGGAGCUGGCCAAAGUGGACCCUUCUGUGGCCGUGCUGUGCGACAUCCAGAACACGCUGAUUAACACGCUCUUGGAACAGCUGGGCACCCCGGCUCAGAAGGAGAAGUACCUCAGCAGACUGUCGACCGACAUGAUUGGCAGCUUUUGCCUGUCUGAGGCCGAGUCGGGCAGCGACGCUUUUGCCCUGAAGACGUGUGCGGAAAAACACAAGGACUAUUACGUCAUCAACGGAUCCAAGAUGUGGAUCAGCAAUGCAGAGCAAGCCGGAGUAUUCCUGGUGAUGGCCAACGCUGACCUUGCAGCUGGCUACAGAGGCAUCACCUGCUUCAUUGUGGACCGCGAAACCGAGGGCCUGGAGAUCGGCAAGAAGGAGAAUAAGCUUGGACUGCGUGCCUCCUCCACCUGCCCACUCAACUUUGACAACGUCAAGGUUCCAGAGAAGAACAUUUUGGGCCAGGUGGGUCACGGCUACAAGUAUGCCAUCGGAAUGCUGAACGGGGGGCGGAUUGGAAUUGCAGCUCAGAUGCUGGGUCUGGCACAAGGCUGCUUCGACCAGACUGUUCCCUACACGAAACAGAGGAUGCAGUUUGGAAAGCGGAUCUUUGACUUCCAGGGCAUGCAGCACCAAAUCUCCCACGUGGCCACGCAGAUCGAAGCUGCCAGGUUGCUGACGUAUAACGCCGCUCGUCUGCAGGAAGCCGGGAGGCCUUUCAUCAAGGAGGCUUGCAUGGCGAAAUACUUCACUGCCGAGGUGGCAGCGUUAACCACGUCCAAGUGCAUCGAGUGGAUGGGAGGAGUGGGCUUCACCAAGGACUAUCCCAUUGAGAAAUACUACAGAGACUGUAAAAUCGGCGCCAUCUACGAGGGCACGACAAACAUCCAGCUGUCUACGAUGGCCAAGUUUAUUGACAAGGAGUAUGACAAUUGAAACGAUCACUCCAAGCUGGCUGAUACAUUGCACUAGUAAUAUACUUCCAUGUUACACACCCUACAUAAUGUGUGUGUCACAUGACCUUUGUACAAAUGUUGCGUUAGUUUAUAACAUACAGCAACAUGGAUUUAUUGUUACAGUAAUUCCAUUUCUUCCCCCUCCAUAGGCUACUGUGUGGAUAGAUUUUACUAUAAAUGUUAUAUGUCUACAGCCAAACGUUUUCAUUUGAAUUUUGCAGUGCCUGAUCUCAUUAAAAUAAGUAAGUUCA